CCCGGAGACUUUAAGUAAAGGACGCUCUGGGAGCCGGCGAUCGAUUAAGUAAGGCUGGCGGCUCAGCUAGGCAGAGCUUUAGCCAUCAUAGCCGCUGGAGGAGAAUUUGCGCAGGCGCAACAAAGACUGGCAGAGACAUCAGGGCUACAGAUGGAGCCGUCCGGGGGGGAGCAAGAGCCAGGGGCCGUCAGCCAGGACACGGACACCGCCUGCCCCCGUCCCAGGCUCCUGGACCUGCCUUGGGAGGAUGUCUUGCUCCCGCACAUCCUCAGCCGCAUCCCCCUGCGGCAACUGCUCCACCUGCAGCGAGUCAGCAAAGCCUUCCUGGCGCUAGUGCAACUGCACCUGGCGCGCCUGCGCAGCUUCGAUUCGGCACAGGUGGGCCCCCAGGUUCCGAGGGCAGCCCUGAGCCGGCUGCUGCGUGACUCUGAGGGGCUCCAAGAGCUGUGCCUGGAGUCGUGCCGUGAUUGGCUGUCCGAUGAGGACCUGGAGCCUGUGCUGAGCCGGAACCCGGGGCUGCGGCGCGUGGGGCUGGCGGGCUGCGGGCGGCUCAGCCGCCGGGCCCUAGUGACGCUGUCCUUGAGCUGCGCGCAACUGCGCUGCCUCUCUCUCGCCCACUGCGACUGGGUGGAUGGCCUGGCCCUGCGGGGCCUCGCUGAUCGCUGCCCGUGUCUAGAGGCCCUGGACCUCACGGCAUGCCGACAGCUCCGGGACACAGCCGUGUCCUACCUGGCCCAGCGUCGCGGGGCCCAGCUCCGAUCCCUCUCGCUGGCCGUCAACGCGAAUGUGGGGGACGCUACUGUGCAAGAGCUGGCCCGAUGCUGCCCCCAGCUCGAACACCUAGAUCUCACCGGCUGUCUCCGAGUCCGGAGUGAUGCCAUCAGGUGCUGGGCCCAGGGACUGGGGUUAGGUGGGCAGAAUAGGGAGUUUUAUUAACAAUUAGACCUAUACCAAAAUGGCACAAGUUACCCCCUACCAGUGAUCUUGUCAGUGAAUGUUGAAGCAAGUGGAGGAGAUUCUAGAGGGCACUCGUCCUAGCAAGAAGCAGGUGUUGGAUCUAGAGUCGUACUCUCACCUCUGAGCUCCUCUAGAUCUGAGAUUCUAGAAUUCCAAGUCGCUUCUCUGCACAUUCAUAUGAAAAAAUUAGUACUUGGAGGUAUAUGGCUUGACCAAGGUUAUACAAUUAUCAAGGAGCUAGAAGUAGAACCCAAGCCCUCCAUCUUCCAGUUCAGGAACAGUUCUGCUGUUCUUUGAGGGCUCUCUAGCAUUCAGUGACCACUGAUUCACUUUAACCUUAAUCACUGUCCCCCUCUGGGUUCAUUCAUCUGUAAAACAUGGGGGCUGGACUUGAUGACUAUUAAACUCUGGGCUAAAUAACCUGUAAUGUUAGGAGAGUGGACCUCUCUCCUGACCCUCACAGACCCUCUUCACCUGCCCCCCAGGACCCUGGCAGAGUAUUGCCCACGGCUGCGCUCACUUCGGGUACGUCACUGUCAUGAUGUGGCCGAGUCCAGUCUGAGUGUUCUGAGGAAACGCGGUGUGGACAUCGAUGUGGAACCCCCCCUGCAGCGUGCCCUUGUCCUGUUACAGGAUGUUGUGGGCUUUGCUCCCUUUGUUAAUCUGCAAAUCUGACCAAUCAGUGGAAGGUGGAAGAUUGAGGGUUUUAGUGAACACAGCUGGACUGUGGGUCUGGGAACACCCUGGCUGGGGGCUCCACCUUUGUCCUUGCCCUCAAAUGGAACUGGAGCCUGGACAGUCUCACCAGCUUUGGGGGGGGGGGGGGAAGAGAGAGCGCUAGAUUGAGGCUGGGAGGAGGGUAGGCAGCUCUCUGGGGAAAGACAAAAAUAAAAGACUUCUUGAACCUGG